AUGGUUGCCAUAUCUCUUAACUACUGGCUCCCGAAGUUUGUAAUGGAAGUCGCCAAAGAGUCAGGGGAAAGGUAUCCACCCAGAACUGUAUACGGGAUAGUGUGUGGUCUGAAGCGUCAUUUGGGAGACAAAUAUGGCGACGAGAAGUUGAAUCCACUUGAUGCUCACGAUAAAAGGUACGGGAAAUUAAACACGUUGUUUUUGCUUGUUUGGUAUUUUUUAUUUCGGGAAUAGUUUCAGUUUUUCUUUAAAGUGACGUACUCUUGUUGGUGGAUUAAUUACAAUAGGUUCGGCAUUUUUCGGCGUGCCUUAGAUGCAGAGAUGAAGGAUGCUACCAAAGAAGGCCUCCAUAUCAAGUGCCAAAAGGAGGAGAAAGAAUUUGUCACUGCCGAAGAAGAAAGAAAAUUCCGGGAGAUGAACUUAUUAGGAACGAGCUGAAAAAUCUUUGGUUUACGAGGUGGAGAUCAUAGAAAUAUUGUGUUAAAUAAUUUUGAGCUGGGAUCUAAUUUUAUCAAGUUUCAAGAAAAUUCUUGUAAAACUUUUCAUGGAGGAGUCUCUGAUCUGAAAUAUAUUCCCAGAACAGUUAAGCAUAUCUGUCACGAAGAAGGCGUAAAACAC